AUGAGCGCGGACCCCGUGCCCAAAGCGGGGCGAGCGGCGGGACAGCGUACCGUGGAAAUGGCUCUUGUGGAGAACGUGUUCCUGCCCGCCAACCUCACCUCCAGCAAUCAGAGCAGCUGCAACGUGCACAACCACCACUUCUCAACCAAAGUCACCUUCUCCCUUUUCUAUAUCAUCCUGCUGGUGUUCGGUGCCUGUGGGAACGUCCUUGCCCUCUGUAUCACCUUCCAGCGCAGGAAGAAGAAACUGAACUCCACUGACCUCUAUCUGGUGAACCUGGCCCUCUCCGACGCCCUCUUCACCCUGGCACUGCCCGGCAGGAUCGCCUACUACAUCCUGGAGUCUGACUGGCCCUUUGGGGACUGGUUCUGUCGGAUCACAGCUUUCAUUUUCUACAUGAACACCUAUGUGAGCAUCUACUUCAUGACCUGCGUGAGCGUGGACCGCUACGUUGCCGUGGUGCGCACCAGGCACCCUGGCAGGAUUAGGAAGAUGAGCCGUGCCAGGGGCAUCUGUGUCCUCAUCUGGUUCUUGGUGUUCCUGCAGACAGCUCCGCUGCUCCUGCGGCCCAUGACACGAAGGAUGGGAGACAAACUGACAUGCAUGGAGUACUUCAACUUCGAGGAGAUUCCCAAUCUGCCCUACCUGCUCCUGGUGGCCUGCAUGCUUGGCUUCUUCUUGCCUGUGGGCAUCAUCUUGGUGUGCUAUGUGAGGAUCAACCUCAAGCUCUGCCAGACAGCCAAGGAGAACCCGCUGACAGUGAGGAAUGGGCACCACCACAGGGCCUUCACUGUCAUCCUGGUGGUUCUGCUGGCUGUCCUGCUCUGCUUCAGUCCCUACCACCUCAACAUUGUCCAAUUCAUGGUCAGGAAGAUUCUCUACCAGCCAUCCUGCCGUGAGCAGCAAGCCUUCAAGAUGUCCCUGCAAGUCACUGUGGCAUUCAUGAACCUCAACUGCUGCAUCGAUCCCAUCAUCUACUUCUUCGCCUUCCGGGGCUACAAGCGGAGGCUGCUCCGCAUCUUCAGGAACAGUGGCUCCCUGGCCACCUCCUCCACUGCCAAGACCCCGUCAGAGAGCAACAGCAACAGCCAGCCACCGGGCUCCAGCUCCGUCUAG